UUCAUUGCUUAGAUGGGAGGAUCAUAUAGAUGUGCGUGAGCCCGUGAGCUCCCUCACAGAACAUACGCAAUGCGACAAAACUAAAUAAACAUUUUAACAUUCCUGACAACAUACCAAACAUAACCUACAUAAUUUGGUAGGGUUAUUUGUUACCCACCAUAAACCAUACUAAAUUUAUGGUGGGGAAUAAAAAAAAUGAGACUGUGACAAGGACAAACAAUUCCCCACCAUAAAUUUAGUAGGAGUAGCAACUCCUACUGAAAGAUACAUAAGACUAUCCCGUUCUGUCAGUUCCCCCCACCACUCAUGCCCAAUCCAUAUUUAAUACUAGAUUCACGAUUCAUUUUUUGUUACAAAGAGCUACUAGAUGUGUAAACUGUGAAGACUAACAUGCCAAUUCGAACAUACUUACAUCAUGAGAAACAUUAGAAUAUUAUUUGAAUCAUAUAUUAUUAUUUAGUUAUCGAACGUCUCGCCCGCGUCAAUAAAUGUACGGACAACUACGAGCAAAAUACACGAUAACUAAUGACAUAAGUUAGAUUUCAUUCUGAUAGCAAUGUACGUUCGAAUUGGCUUGUAAGACAAAUUCGUCUUUCUAUAUAGAUGAAGCUGAUAUAAUCUAUUGACCGAGUUGAUAUAAUCUAUGACUGACAGCCCGAUUCGAAAAAUGAUUAAGACACGUUUAAGAUCUUGGAAAGAUCGCUAUCUAAACGACAUGUUAAAAUUGACGUUUAUUUCGAUUCCGCUGUGAUCCCAAUAAGAUCUAUCUACGAUAUUUCUUACGUGAAAGUGACAUUGGUUGCCCGAAUCGAGCUGCUAAUGAGAACUUAUCCAUACCAGAACUUAUCGUUAUCGUAUCUCAUUCUUCGAAUCGGACCGUGAAUUCACUUCAACUUUCAGCAACCAGAGUUAUGGUUGCUAAAAGUUGAGGUUUGGCAAUUUAGUUAAGGCCCUGUAGGUUCGUCUUCUUCUAGCGUAAGCGAAAGUGAAAUGGACGUGCGUAGGUACUCGGGAUUGCGGACAUCAAGUUUUUGAAUUUUAAUUUGUUGCAAGUUAAAAAUAAGAAAAAAGUAAUCGCUGAGUUCCCUGAGUUUUAAAAUAAAAUUGCGUAUUUUUAGAAACAAUUUUCAUAUUUUUAGGUUUUGUGCAUAAAUUGUGCGUUUUAGACCUAUGUUGACCUGAGUCGAUUCGCUGAAGAUCCUAGAGAAAAUUCUCAAGAUUGCUAACAUUUUUUGCCAGCCGUAUUACAUAUUAUCAAAAAAACGGCCAAGAGCAUGUCGGACCAUGCUCAGUGUAGGGUUCUGUAGUUACUCUUCCGUCACAAUAAGCUAAACUGCAGCUUAAAGUACAUUUCACCCGAGUGAAACAAAUAGGCAAAUUUUCAUAAUCAGUACCUAAUUAAAGUAACAGACUUACUUGCAAUCGGAGACUGCAUGUCUAAAGAUAAAUAUCGCAUAGCGUAAAACCUUUAGAUUGCUACGAGUAUAUAGAUGAAUAAAACACAUAUUUUAACAAACUGCAGUAUAUUUAAAAUGAUUUGGUUUAUUAAAGCAUGAAAAAGUAAAGUAUAACAAUAAGUCCUAGACAUAAUGCAUCGUAAAUGAGUGCAAUAAACGAAUAUGAAUAUAAAAUUAGCGGGAUUGCCUCUUACUUUGUAAUUUUUAGUCUUUCGUAAUAAAACUGCCAAUAGUCAACGGCUUUACUCAUAGAGCCAACGAAACUGUUUUAGACAAAUUAAAUAUUAAAUUAAAAUAGGAUGAGUAAAAUAAGCUAAUUUUUAUUUUAAGCUUUAGCUUAUUUACAUGAAUAAUGCCAAAUAACUUUAACAACCCAUUUAACGUCGUAAUAACGUUUAACUGUAGAUGUAAGUACGUCUUUUUACUAUAAAGGGGAAACUUUUUGCGAUAACUCAAAAACAGCUAAACUGAUUAUUUCCGCUAUAGUUUUCAUUUACUGUUUUUCUUAAGCUUUAUUUCCAUGAUUCUUUUUCAUAUUUUUUGGACCUAUGGUUCAAAAGUUAGAGGGGGGGGACACAUUUUUUUUCUUUCGGAGCGAUUAUCUCCGAAUAUAUUCACUUUAUCAAAAAAUGUUAAUUGAAGUCCCCUAUUAGUUUUGAAAGACCUUUCCAACGAUACCCCACACUGUAAGGCUGAAGCAAAAUAAAAAAUCAUCCCCCCUUUACGUGUAGGGGAGGAACCCAGAAAAAAAUAUUUUUUAGAUUUUAUUGUACGACUUUGUUGGCUUUAUUGAUUUAAUGUCCACGCCAAAUUUCAUCUUUCUAGCACUAUCAACCACGGAGCAAAGCCUCGGACAGACAGACAGACAGACGAACAUGACGAAACUAUAAGGGUUCCUAGUUGACUACGGAACCCUAAAAAAGAGUUAUGAUUUUUCAUAGAUACCGGUCUCUGAAGCUACGGCACCUUACGAUGAAAGGAAUCGACUGCUUCUCAAUAUCAACGUAGUCGCCAUUUAACUUUCUGGAUAUUUACAUAAUAAAAAAAAACGAAUUUGUAAGUGUAUUAACCACAGCUGUGUGGUGUGGUUGUGAUUACAGAGGGAAAUAGGGACUGAACUAGAAGAGUUAGGCGCUUUUGAAAAAAGUAUGAAAUUAGUUUUUCGCUGUUUUAAUUUGUUUUAGAUAAUAAAACAAUUGAAAAAAUCUAACGAAUGGGCAAUACAUUAAUUAAUAUUAAAUAAAUUAUUUAAAAUUAUACACGGCCCGAUUCGAACUUUCAAAUACGUCAAAUAUUAGGUUUUUAUACGAUAUGGACCGUAUAUGUCAGUGUCAAAAGUUUCUUUAAACAAAAACGUCACUUUUGACACUGACAUACCUAUCCGAUCCAUAUCGUACAUAGACCUAAUAUUUGACGUAUCUUAAAAUUCGAAUCGGGCCGAUAGGCAGCUUAAACAUUCCCUAUCGCACGACAACAUAUUAUUAUUAAUUUAUAACAACAUUGUAUUUGUACUAUUCACAAGGUUAUCAAAUAAAUUAACGUGAUUGAUUAACGUAUGCCUACUUACUUUUAUUGAUCAUGGUUAGUUCUAAUUUGUUGUACAAGCAGUAAACAUGAUUCUUGUACUGCUCGCUUUAUUGGCGAUUCUUGUGUACUAUUUCGGUACUCGGAACCACGACUACUGGGCCAAGAGGAACGUCAAGCACGACCCACCCGUGUUCCUGUUCGGAAACAACUUCAAGGGCUUCUUCGGGCGGCAAAGUUUUACGGAGGUAGCCAACGACUUAUACAACCGGUUCCCUAACGAGAAAGUUGUCGGAUACUACAGAGGAUCCACACCCGAGCUGUACAUAAGAGACCCAGAUAUAGUGAGGAAUAUAAUAAGCAAUGAUUUUGCAUAUUUUCAUCCACGAGGCGUUGGAAGGAAUUCGGAUGUGGAGCCGUUGCUGGCGAAUCUGUUCCACGCAGACGGCGACCUGUGGAAGCUGACGCGGCAGCGGUUGACGCCGGCGUUCACCACCGCACGGCUGAAGGCGAUGUUCCCGCUGGUGGUGCGGUGUGCGGAGCGGCUGCAGGGCGUGGCGCGCGCGGCCGCGGCCCGCCCCGGCGCCUGCGACGCGCGCGAGCUCAUGGCGCGCUUCACCACCGAGUUCAUCGGCGCCUGCGGCUUCGGCAUCGAGACUGACUCCCUCGGCAACGAAGACUCUCACUUCAGAAAGAUUGGCAGGCUCAUGUUGGCCAGACCACUCCCAGUCAUAAUAAAGUUCAUGAUGUGGGAACUUUUCCCUCUUCUAAGAUCCUACAUUCAUGUAUUUGAUCGGAAACUUGAUGACGUAUUUUUUAGUUUCGUUAAGAAUAUUAGAGAAGUUAGACAGUGCAAACCGUCUGGCCGCCAUGAUUUUAUAGACCUGCUCCUGGAGUUAGAAGGCAAGGGAAAGAUUGUAGGGGAAUCAAUUGAGCACCGGAAGCCAGACGGUACGCCUGUGACUGUGGACAUGCAAAUGGAUUUAAAAAUGAUGGUGGCCCAAGUGUUUAUAUUCUUUGGCGCGGGUUUUGAGACGUCCUCAUCGGCUACAAGUUAUACUUUGCACCAGCUCGCGUUUAACCCUGAAUUACAAUUAAAAAUACAAUUGGAGAUCGAUGAAGUGCUUCAGAAAUAUGAUAAUAAGUUGUGCUACGACGCAGUGGCGGAGAUGACGCUGCUGAGCAUGGCUUUCAAGGAGGCGAUGAGGAUGUUUCCAUCGCUAGGCGUGCUGACCCGCGUGUGUGCUCGGCCUUACACGUUCCCUGAGCUGGGGCUAACCGUGGACCCCGGAGUGAGGAUCGUGGUGCCGGUGGAGGCGCUCCAGAACGAUGAAAAAUACUUUGACAACCCGCGGGAGUUCCGACCGGAGCGAUUCACUCCUGACGAAGUGAAGAAGCGACACAAAUACGUAUAUUUACCCUUCGGCGAUGGACCCAGGGCGUGUAUAGGGUCGCGACUAGGAGAGAUGCAGUCGCUCGCUGGGCUGGCCGCGUUGUUGCAGGUAUGCAGCGUGGCACCAGCGCCGACCACGAGACGGGUGCCGCAAGUGGACUCGACGUCUAAUAUCGUGCAAGCCGUCAGAGGCGGGCUGCCGCUCCAGCUCACCGUCAGGCAAUGAUCGGUUUCCAACGAAGCGAGACAAUAUCACGAGCAUAGUACAAUUCCACGCAUAGUACGAUUUAUCGACCCCAUGCGCCUACAGAAUUUCAACCCUUGCAAUCCGAGGUUAAAAUUAGAUUCUACUUUCGGGAAAUGUGACCUGUUUUCAAAUGAAUCAUCAAAGCUGGAUCAACUGGAGAAGGUUUAAAUUUUAUACAUGCCGCAAAACUAACUGGUGACUGAGAUCAUAAUGCUAUCUCCUUGUUAAGACCAACCAAGAGUGAAAGACAUGGCAUUUUUUUUUUUAUAAACACUACGACAAACGAAACUUGUAUUAUUUUUUCCUUUUGAUUCUUACGUAAUAUAAGGGGGAGGGAGUCAGCUUAUUCUUAUUUUUCUUACAUACGGGGGGAGGGGGUCAAAAACUGGAUAAAAUCGUGUUACGUAACAAAUGAAUGGCGCCAAUUGAAAUGAAAUGAAAAUCUUUAUUUUAGGCAAGUUAGUGGCCGACAAUAAUAAUACAUGAAUGAAAAAAAUCGUA